AUGUUUUUUAGUGAACUUCUAGUGAAUUUCACGGGGAAAAAUGUGGAGGAGUUUACCAUCACAGGCUUCGACCACCUCUCUCACCAGAAGCUCCUGGGCUUCCUCAUCUUCAUCACCUAUUUCCUUGUGAUUCUGGGAAGCGGCACCAACAUCUGCAUAAUUUUGACGGACAGACGGCUGCACACGCCCAUGUACCUCCUCAUCUGUAACCUGGCCGUGGUGGACAUCAUGUUCACCUCCAGCACCAGCACCACCAUGAUCUCUGUCCUGCUGGGCGAGGUCAAAACCAUCUCCUACUACUCCUGCAUAUCACGCAUGUACAUCUACCACCUGGGUGACAUCACAGAGUGUCUGGCCCUGUCCCUGAUGGCUUUGGACCGAACCAUCGCUAUCAGAACCCCUCUUAGGUACCACAGCAUACUGACUAACCCACGGCUCUUUCUAUUGAUCACAGCUACCUGGCUGUUAGGGUUAGGGGUCAUGGGGGUAUUAACAGCUCAGGCAGACAGCCUUCCAUACUGCCAGCCCAUUAUUAGAUAUGUGUUCUGUGACUAUCCUGCUAUGGUCAGAGCCGCCUGUGUCAACCCUGAACCCUAUUGGAUGUUUCCCACCAUCCUGGGUCUGUGGUUGAUUGGUGCACAGUUCACAUUCAUUCUGCUGUCAUACGUGAAUCUGAUCUACACAGUAGUGAGACUGCCUAACAACGAGAGCAGAGUGCAGGUGUUUAAUACCUGUAUUUGUCACAUCAUUGUGGUGUCCUGUUACUUUGCCCCCAAGUUAGUUUCUGUGUUGUUGACGAGGAUAGGGGUGAUGCUGAAUCUGACGGAGCGUAAUGCUUUACUGAUUAUGGCCACGCUGUUACCUUCUCUGAUCAAUCCUACAGUCUACUGUCUGAAGACCAAGGAGAUUAGAAAGAGAUUGGUUCAGAUAAUGUAUAGAAAAAGAACUGCAGUGAUGAAAUGAGGCUGAGAAAAGUUUCAUUUUUGUGACUUGGAUUCAAUCAGAAACUGAACUGAUGUGUGUUUAAAGAUUUUAAAGAUAAUUUCCAAUUCAGCUCACAUCAGCAGCGUUUACGUUGCCUUUAAGAGUUGCUUUGUCUUCAAGAAAGAUCAUUUUGGAUUUCUGUUGAAUAACCACAGUCCAAUAGUUUCAGCUUCUUCUGUUAGCACUUUACAUUAUUACACCUGUAUA